GGAAACUCCACGGCGUGGACAAACUCUCAGGAAUGAUUAUUAGGCAAUGGCAAGACAAGUUUGGAAAGUCACGACUCACUCUCGAAAUGCGUAGACACGCGACAAGGCUUUUGGUGGUGGGUUACGAUACGAAUGCAACAAUUUCCGUUGUCCUUCAAUGGACACUGGUGCUUUCGUUCCUGACAAGAGCGUCCGUAGGGCCGCUUACUUUCAAGAACCAAAUGACGUGCGGUAUCCUCAAGUAGAUGGCACAUAUCGACCAGCUCGAAGUCUAUCAUCUCAGUCCCUUGCUACAUGGCAUGCAAAGUUUACCCCGCCAAGUGCCCAGUCCACACUCAAUAAUGAUGCAAUUGGACUUUCUGACUCUCUUAGCGAUAAGUCAUCUGAGCAAUUGUUGCAGCAAAUCCUCGACACUCUUCGAAGUUCCAACAUCCGAUCGCGAUUCUGGACGGUAUACCAAAAGGUCGCAUCACAACACGACAACGAGUUUUUGGAGCAAUAUGAUGGUGACAUGGAUAUCGUCUUGAUCUUUGCAAGUCGUAAGCUCGUGCGUUAAACACGUGAAAUCGAACGUUCCUGGUAACGUCGGUGACUCCAGCUGGUGCACCGGUGAUGGAUGAGAUCUUUGAAAAGAUCUGACUGUGAGCGGAAGUUAUUUGAGGGAUAACAAAUGCGCAGACGAUCAUAGCUGUUGGUUCUGAAGUUUAUAAGGUAGAUGCAUGAUAUACAUUCAGCGUUGGUCACUCCUUUGCAAUGUUAUCGAUCGCAUGGAUCACAACCUGAGGUCUAGAUGCCUGUUAUAG